AUUCAAAAAACAACGUGUUUGAACAUAAAAUUGAUUCCUAUAAAAAUAUCCAAAAAAGUCAAUUAAUUAAAUUAAAUUCAUCAAUAUGAAGCGAUUAAAUGAUGAACAAACCAAAAUAUUCUUCGAGAAGCUCACAAAAUACAUUGGAACUAAUGUAAAACUGCUUCUGGAUCGUCCAGAUGGAACUUAUUGCUUCCGAGAAAUGAACAGACGAGUAUAUUACAUGUCAGAGAGGAUCUUAAAACUAGCAGAGAACCUCAGUGAAGAGCAUUUAAUUGCAGUUGGAACUUGUUUUGGAAAAUUCACAAAAAGCAACAAAUUUAUGUUGCAAAUUACAGCACUUAAUUACCUCGCACCCUAUGCACAAUACAAAGUUUGGAUUAAAUCGUCAGCAGAACAGCAAUAUCUUUAUGGUAAUCACAUUAAUAAGGCUGGAUUAGGUAGAAUCACAGAGAAUACGCCACAGCAUCAAGGAGUUAUUGUUUUGUCUAUGAAUGACAUCCCAUUGGGAUUUGGAGUGACUGCAAAAUCAACAACAGAUUGUAAACUAGCCGAUCCAUUAAUUACAGUAUGUUUCCAUCAAGCAGAUAUAGGAGAAUAUCUAAGAUCUGAGGAUACUCUUAUGUAA